AUGUCUUCCGGCAGCCCCGCUCGUUCUCGCUCUGGCUCCCAGGCCGCCCAGCGUCCCAACCCCUUCGGCCCUUCGAUGGGCUUCGACCCGGCCAAGCCUGAGGGCGGUCCUGAGAAGGACCACAAGAACACUCGAAUCGACUUGCCUGCGGAGGCGUACACCGUCGGCGCGGAUAGAAAAAACGCCGGCGAGACGCCUUUCGCCAAGCGCCCUGGAUUCAACACGGCCGGCAAGCCUUGCAACCUUGAGGUCAACCAGUUCCGAGUCAAGUCCUGGAACGACAAGGCCACGAUUUACCAGUACGACGUCAUGAUCUCGCCCACCCCGAUGAAGUACAACGUCGUCUUCCAGAAGGUCUGGAAGCAUGCCACGGUCCAAGCGAUGCUCAAGAAGUACAAGUGCCUGUGGCUCUGCGACGGUCGCAAGCUCGCCUGGGCUCCUGUUGCCAUCAACCGCGGUGAGGAGCGUCUCACCAUCGACCUUGAUGAGGGCCUUCCCCCUCCCAAGAGCGGCAAGCCCCGCCGCAAGGAUGACAACAAGUUCUUCUUCGUCAUUCGCCAGACGAAGCAGAUUCAUCUGUCUGCCCUGGAGGCCUACCUCAACAACCGUAUGGACUGGGACAACUCCGUCCUUGAGGCGAUGAACUUCCUGGAUCACCUGGUCCGGCAGUACCCCACGGAAAACCUCCUCUCCAUCAAGCGCAACUUUUACAACGAGCAUCGCAAGAAGGCCUUUGACCUUGGCAACUGCAUCGAGCUUGUCAAGGGUGUGUACGCGUCCGUUCGCAUGAACCAAUCCUUCAGCGGUAGCAUUGGUCGAGGACUUGGACUGAAUGUGGACGUCGCCAACACUGCCUUCUGGAAGGGCAACAUGCAGUUGCACAUGUUCGUCCGUUCCUUCCUCGAGACCUGCGACAAGAGAUGGAAGAACCAGAGCCCCGAUGACAUUGCCAGGCUUCUUGCGCCCGUCCGCCAAAACAGCAAGAACGGCGCCGUCUUCGUCAUGUCUGACGCCUUCAAGCACCUGCGCAAGCUGGCCAAGCUGCGUUUCACCCCUCGCCAUCGGGGCAAGGAGGACUGGGCGAAGGUGUACGUAAUCAAGGCCAUCGCAUUCGGGCAGGAAUACGGCGAGAGAGGCGCCACCGCCAACAACAUCAAGUUCACCAACAACGGCGAGGAAAUGACGGUCGCAGAGUACUUCCAGAAGACCUACGGCUUCAAGCUUCAGUUCCCCAACUGGCCCCUCAUCGAGACUCAGAAGGCUGGCUUCUUCCCCAUGGAAGUCUGCAUUAUUAAGCCAAUGCAGCGCUACCCCUACAAGUUGGGUCCUGACGAGACGGCUAUGAUGAUCAAGGGCGCCGUCACGCGUCCCAACGUGCGCAAGGCGGACAUCAUGGAGGCGAAGGCCCAGUUGGCGUGGAAGGAUGACCCCUACCUCAAGCAGUACGGUGUCGUCUUCGACGAGGCUAUGGCGAAGACCCAAGGCUGCUUGCUUGAGCCCCCCAAGAUCCAGUAUGCGAACAACGUCGUCAGCCCCAUGUUCGCCGGCCGCUGGGACCUUCGCGGCAAGAAGUUCUGGGUCGGCAACCGUCAGCCCCUGCAGUCCUGGGGUAUUCUCAUCCUUGAGGACUCGACCAGAAAGCCCGCUGCCGACCAGUUCGUCAAGAUGUUCAAGCAGACCUACACUGGCCAUGGAGGCAAGAUUCUGAAGGACGCUGUUGUCAUUGACAGCGAGUCUAGACAGGGUGACAUGGCCUUGGCCUUGGCCAACGGCCACAAGGCGAUCAAGAAGGCUACAGGCAUGACGCCCCAGCUGAUCUUCUGCGUCCUGCGCUUCAACAACGCUGGCUCCUACGAGCGCAUCAAGAAGUCUGCGGACUGUCGCUUCGGCGUCCUCACCCAGUGCGUUCUUGCCCGCCACGUCGAGAAGAACCAAGGCCAAUACCACUCGAAUGUCGCCAUGAAGGUCAAUGCCAAGCUGGGCGGUAUUACCUGCCGCAUCCCGAACCAGAAGCUUGGCCCGAACAGCAAGGCCCCUGCCUUCUUCGAAAGGGUGACGAUGAUGAUUGGCGUCGAUGUCUCCCACGCGACCCCCGGCAUCGAUGCCCCUUCCAUGGCCACGAUGACUAUGUCCAUGGACCAGGACGCCACCUUCUACGCCGCUGCAGUCGACACCAAUGGCUACCGGGUUGAGAUGCUCUCUCCCGUCAACAUUCGCAACUUCCUGGCCCGCCUGAUGCCUACCUGGCACAAGCGCAUGGGUCACCCGGCUCCUCCUCCCCACAUCAUCUACUUCCGCGAUGGUGUCUCUGAGGGCCAGUACGCCCAGGUUCUCGAAUACGAGAUCGGCACGCUGAAGGCCAUCUUCAAGGAGAAAUACCCCGGCGCGACCCUUCCCAGGUUCACCGUCAUCGUGGCUACCAAGCGUCACCACGUCCGCUUCUUCCCCCAGCAGGGUGACAAGAACGGAAACCCUCUGCCCGGCACCCUUCUCGAGAAGGAGGUCUGCCACCCCUUCUGGUGGGACUUCUAUCUCUGCUCGCACGUCGCCAUCCAGGGCACGGCCCGCCCUGUCCACUACACUGUGCUUGUCGACGAGGCCAACAUGAAGCCUAACGAUCUGCAGAAGAUGAUCUACGGCCAAUGCUACCAGUACGCUCGUAGCACCACCCCCGUCUCUCUGCACCCGGCCAUCUAUUAUGCCGACCUGGCUGCCGGCCGCGCUCGUGCCCACGAGAACAUUGCAACUUCCCAGGGCUUCCGCAGCGGACCCAAGGCGGCCGAGAUGGUCGAGGAGUACGGUGCUCGUGGCCAGAGCAUGUUCGAAGGCGACAGACCUACCGAAGCUCUUCAGCUUCUGCCCCUCGGCGGCGCCAGUGGUGAUGCCGACCCCGCCUCGACCGAGAUGUUCAGGAACACCAUGUGGUACAUCUAA